AAUAGACAAGAAAUGCAUCAGUCGAAGUAUCGACGAUUAACUCUACAUUUUUCGAUGAGAAAAAAGAGCCUCCCAAUUUUAUUUUUGUUCCUGGUGAAAUAAUUUUGUCAAAUUUGUGUUCAUCCUCCUUGCCCAGGACAGGAGGAAUGGAGAUUGAGAAAAACGGCAAUAAUCACAGACCAAGAAUUGCCAAUUACCUUGAUUACUUCUCUUCGAUUCCGUCACCACAGGCAUCGCAGCGUGAUAUGGCGACCCUCUUCCUUGCCGUCCCGCUCCUCUCAGCUCUCCUUGGCAGUACCGGUGCUGCUGCUGCCAACCCAGCCCCGGCCAACAAGUUCUCCCCGAAGGACAACAUCCUCAUCGACUGCGGGGCCAACACGCUUGCCACUCUCCCCGACGGGCGGAUCUUCAAGACCGACCCAAAUUCAGCAGGCUACUUGGAGGCCAAGGACAACAUUCAGAUCUCCGUUCCAAACGCAGAUGUCCCCUCCCCAAUCUACCUCACUGCUCGGGUGUUCGUGGCUGAGGCGAAGUACUCCUUCCACCUGUCGACCGCGGGUUGGCACUGGGUCCGCCUCCAUCUCUUCCCCAUGAACAACACCCGACUUAACCUCCAGAACGCCAUGUUCACUGUAACAACAAGCGAUGUUGUUCUUCUGCACAGAUUCUCGGUGAACAACAGCACACGGGCUAUGGUUAAAGAAUACCUUCUCAAUCUGACCGACCCGCAGUUCAUGCUCAAGUUUAGCCCCGUGAAGAAGUCAUUCGCCUUCAUAAACGCGAUCGAGGUCGUGUCCGCCCCUGACUACAUCAUCUCUGACUCGGGGACGGCCCUCUCCCCUGUCGCGGAGUUCAAGGGCCUAAGCGGGUACAACUACCAGUUCUUGUACCGGAUCAAUGUGGGAGGGCCCAUCCUGACCUCGCAGAACGACUCCUUGGGCCGGAACUGGGACAGCGAUGGCAGUUACAUCAAGCAGAAGGAUUCGGGGAAGAGCGUCUCUGUCCCCUCCAAGGUCAUCAAGUAUCCAGAGGACUUCCCGACCCUGAUUGCGUCGGCAGCAGUGUAUGCUUCCGCUGUUGAGAUGGCCAAUUCAAACGUCCAGCAACCCAAUUUUAACAUCACGUGGGACUUCGACGUGGACACGAAUUUUGGUUACGUGGUCCGCCUUCACUUCUGCGACAUCAUAAGCAAAACACUCAACGACCUCUACUUCAAUGUAUACAUCAACGGGAAGAUGGCGAUCUCGGGGUUGGACCUGUCAAGCUUGACUAAUGGCCUUGCAGUCCCGUAUUAUAAGGACAUGGUGGUAAACUCCACCCUGAUGUCGAACGGGCCUCUGAGCAUCCAGAUCGGGCCAAUGAAUCAGGAUACUGGCACAGUGAACGCAAUCCUGAACGGCGUGGAGGUUAUGAAGAUGAGCAAUUCAGUGAAUAGCCUGGACGGGGAGUUCGGGGCCAAUGGACAGAAGGCGAACUCAUCGAACCGGAAAACAGUGGCAGCAGUCGGGUUUGCAAUGAUGUUUGGGGCCUUCCUGGGCCUUGGCGCAAUGGUGAUCAAAUGGCAAAAGCGGCCACAGGACUGGCAGAAGAGGAACAGCUUCUCGUCGUGGCUGCUCCCACUCCAUGCAGGAGACACGAGCUUCAUGACGAGCAAGAACUCAAUGGGAUCCCACAAGAGCAACUUCUACUCGUCAACCUUCGGACUUGGCCGGUACUUCUUAUUUGCGGAGCUCCAGGAGGCGAGCAAGAACUUCGAUCCUAACUCAAUCAUCGGAGUCGGGGGUUUUGGAAAUGUCUACCUGGGAGAGCUCGAUGAUGGGACAAAGGUUGCUAUAAAGCGUGGUAACCCACAGUCGGAGCAGGGCAUCACGGAGUUCCAGACUGAAAUUCAGAUGUUGUCCAAGCUCAGGCACAGGCAUCUCGUGUCGCUCAUCGGCUACUGCGACGAGAACUCCGAGAUGAUCUUGGUGUACGAAUACAUGUUGAACGGCCCCUUCAGAGACCACUUAUAUGGGAAGAAAUUACCCGCCCUAUCAUGGAAGCAGAGGCUGGAGAUCUGUAUCGGGGCAGCACGCGGGCUCCACUACCUUCACACCGGAACAGCCCAGGGGAUCAUCCACCGUGAUGUCAAGACCACGAACAUCCUGCUCGAUGAUAACUUUGUGGCCAAGGUAUCAGAUUUCGGCCUGUCAAAGGAUGCACCCAUAGGGCAAGGCCAUGUCAGCACAGCGGUGAAGGGAAGUUUCGGGUACCUGGACCCCGAGUAUUUUAGGAGGCAGCAGUUGACGGACAAGUCGGACGUUUACUCAUUCGGGGUGGUCCUGCUAGAGGCUUUGUGUGCGAGACCAGCGCUGGACCCAGUGCUACCAAGGGAGCAGGUCAACCUGGCAGAGUGGGCGAUGCAGUGGAAGCGAAAGGGUUUACUUGAGAAGAUCAUCGAUCCGCACCUCUCGGGCACCAUCAAUCCCGAGUCCAUGAAGAAGUUUGCAGAGGCAGCAGAGAAGUGCUUGGCUGAUCACGGGGUAGAUAGGCCGACCAUGGGAGACGUGCUGUGGAACCUCGAGUACGCCCUGCAGCUCCAGGAGGCCUUCUCUCAGGGUAAAGCUGAGGAUGACAGCAAGUCCUCAGCUGCCAUUACCGGCUCCCCAGCAGCAGCCACCCCUCCAGCCCCUUCUCGGGCAGACAGCCGCCCCGUUUCUCAAGCAGAAGACAGCAGGUCACCUGCACAUGUUCAUGCUGGCGAGGACCAUUCGGGCACUGACAUGUUCCAACAAUUCGCACAUCAACUCAACGGCAGGUAAUGCGGUCAUACCAAACAUACUUGGAGAAACCCUUUCCCCAGCUUCGUUUCACGCUGAUGCCCACCGUGAGAACAGAGAAGGGAUUCCAAUCAUCCGGUAGCUCAAAGCAAACGAUGUGAAGCCAACUCUGUUUAAUUACGUUUUCCUUUAUGGUAAGUACUUUGUACAAAAGUUUGCAGAAUAUUAGACGUAAAUUUCAGUGUUUGAGUCGCAAAUUAGGCAAUUCGAGUGUUUCUCAAUGACUCACCAAAAAAAAAAAAA